AUGGGUUUUCGCUUACCUGGUAUGGGACGAUCAACAUCUAGCAAACAAGUGGAAGUCCCAAAAGGCUAUCUUGCAGUUUAUGUUGGAGAGAAAGCGAAGAGGUUCUUGAUUCCAGUAUCAUUCUUGAACGAGCCUUUAUUUCAAGAAUUGCUUAGCCAAACUGAAGAAGAAUUUGGUUACUGUCAUCCAAUGGGUGGUCUUACGAUUCCAUGCAAGGAAGAUGUCUUCUUAUACACAACUUCUCGCUUGAACAACCUAUAA